CGGACAACAAUUGAGAACGGAAAACGAGUAAUCGAGCAAUCGAGCAAGCGAGAGAUCACAAGAAAGUAAAAGUGAAAAGUCGAAAUACGCGUGUGAAAAAUGCAUUAUAUCGUAACGAAAAUGUACCGUUAUUGGGUUGGCAAGUGAACUUUCUAUUACGUGCGCAUCAAACUCAAGCCCAACGGAGUGACAAAUGUUGUGGUAAAGACUGUGACGUGGACUUGAAAAGAAAAAUAAAAGCAACAACAUGUCCUCGUGUUAUAGCGGUUUCGAUGACCGCUCGUUUGAGUUUGAAGACUCAUCCUACGAUAGCGGCUACGAGAAAAGCUUCGAAACCGAUUGCAAUGUGACACCGCGUAAACUCUUCUUUGAUGCUAGCACUGAUUUCUGCGCCGUCGCCGAGUCCCCCAUGAAGUCGGGCUGCUACAAUAGCAUAGGUGUGGCGCCGCUUGUAGAACGUGCCUCAUUUCCAGCACUCCUUGAUGCCAGUAGCAACCACAGCACACGCAGUGGACGUACACUUGUCGAACAUGUAAUCAGCAAAGCACAGCUACCGGACAACGAGUUCUCUCCCAAAAUAACAUCAACGCCUAUGAAACAAGGCGCCGAAGGCAAUAGAGAUCAACCGACUGAACCGCGUCCUAAGCGCAAAUAUGCCGUCGGAAAAAAUCGUGUUACACGUUCGCGCAGCCCCAGCCAAGUAGUGCGCAUCAAGAAGUUUCGACGCAUGAAGGCUAACGAUCGUGAACGCAAUCGUAUGCAUAUGUUGAAUGAUGCGCUGGAGCGUCUACGCGUCACGUUACCAUCACUUCCGGAAGAGACGAAGCUGACGAAGAUCGAAAUUUUACGUUUUGCGCAUAAUUAUAUAUUUGCGCUGGAGCAGGUGUUGGAGAGUGGGGGCACAAUCAAUCUGGAUCUCGAAAAGUUGCAGAAUUUCACAUUAAGCGGCGAACGUAUCACAAAAGAGUUAUUCGAUGCGAUAUUUGUUAACCCACAACCGUACACGAGCAUCUUCAGCAUGGGUAUUGGACUUAGCGGACGUGUGCCGCACACAAAUCAAGCGAACAUACAAGCCGCACAUCCUUUCUUGGAACAACAACAUCUGUUGCAGCGGGGACGUCCACCACAAGGCUAUGCCUAUAGCAGUGACAUGCGUCCCUACAAUGUACAGCACGAAACGCACAAACCUUUAGGUGAUCCCCUGACGACGCAUCCACACUUUUCACAGGAAAAAUACGAGCUGUACAAGAGCACCUUCGAAGCCGCAGCGAAUAUACCACCUACGUCAGUGGGCAAUUAUAUGGAUGGCGGGAUGUGCACACCAGAGUUGCGUCAUAGACGGGAUAACAUAUCAGCUGGAUACUCGGCGCAGGCCUCCUACACUCAGCUGUCAGCGACGACGACGGUUCGCUCAUCGCCACAGCCGCAACCCUUAUCGAGCAAUUUGAGCAACUACGGCACGCAGUCAUCCAUGCUGCAUCAGACCAGCAGUUUCUAUACUCAAACGCCGCCCUGGAAGGACUACAAUGAACAGCUGGUCAAUGCCGGCCACGGCGACUUCGAACAGUUUUCUAACGUAUAGCAGCGGGUGUUAGUAGUUAUUGUAGUGUACCAUAUUAUGAGAGAUCAUACGGGGAGCAAGAUGGGGCAGUUGGUGCUUUUAGAUCUUUAUUUAUUUAGUUUUCAAG